CCCUGCCAAAAAAAUUUUUUAUAACAAAAAAAUAUCUCCCUUUUUUUAUUUUCUCUCUCUAAAAAAACCCUAACUUUCUCCCUCUAAAAUCCCGUUUUGUUCUUGCUGAAAUCUGUUUUCUCUACCUUGAAUUUAGAUUUUCAUUCAUGGUGUAAAAUUUUGGGGAGAGGUGUGUGAGGUUGUUAGGGAUCUAGAGUAUAUCUGUUUAGGUUUUUUUUUUUUGGUUUUUUGCAGAGUGUAGCCAUGGCAUCUUCGGAUACAGAGCUUGCAGAACAGCUGAAGGAAGCUGGGAACAUGCUCAUGUCUCCUCCUCCUUCGGUUGAUGAGCUUCUCCCUCUUCUGGAUCAAGUAGAGAAUUGUCUUUCAAGAGUGGAACAGUCACCUAAUACUCCCAUGCAAGAUGCAAUCUCUCCAUCACUAAAAGCGCUGGUCACAGAGCAACUUUUCAGGCAUCAAGAUGCUGACGUCAAAGCUGCAGUGGCAUCGUGCAUUAGUGAGAUAACAAGAAUAACUGCACCAGAAGCUCCGUACGAUGAUGACAAAAUGAAGGAGGUCUUUCAGUUGAUUGUAUCAUCGUUUGAGAAUUUGUUUGACAGCACUAAUCGCUCAUAUUCUAAGAGAACCUCGAUUCUUGAAACUGUUGCGAAGGUCAGGUCCUGCGUGGUGAUGCUGGAUCUUGAAUGCGAUGCACUGAUUAUUGAAAUGUUCCAGCAUUUUCUAAAGUCAAUACGAGAUUAUCACCCAGAGAAUGUCUUUCAAUCCAUGGAGACAAUUAUGACUCUUGUUCUAGAAGAAAGCGAAGACAUCUCUACGGAGCUACUCUCUCCAUUAUUAGCUAGUGUCAAAAAGGACGAUGAGGAAGUCUUGCCUGUUGCUCGAAAAUUGGCAGAGAAAGUGCUUGAGAGCUGUGCUACUAAGCUUAAACCUUAUCUGACACAAGCAGUGAAUAAGUUAGGCAUUUCAUUUGAUGAUUAUAGUGAAGUAGUUUCUUCUAUAUGCCACCAAGAGUCAUCUGAUGCUGUUGAGCAGAAUGAUGCAACUGCAAAUGAACCUGUGGCUGAUGAUGCGAAGCCAGCUGAGGAAGCUUUGGAUGAGAAAACACAGGCAUGUUUCUUCGAGAAUUAAAUACAGUGCUCUCUUUCUUAAUCUCUCAUUCAAGUUCUUAAUUUUACCAGGUUUUGUUGUUAGAAUUUAAGGUUCAAAAUCCCUCAUGUAAAUUCUUGAAUGUUUAAUCAGGAGGAUAAAGAGAUUUCUGGG